CAUGGGGUCACUUAAAACCCCUUGGUACACAAUUACACACCAGUCAUCACACUGAGACCUUAUAAACAUGACAUGCAUACACCCCUGUGAAAUUACAUAAAUGACCUUCAAUAUCUUCAUCCUCAAAACUCAAAUUACACUCUUCCCCUCUUCCUACUCUGGUUUUUUUCUUGAUUUGCAGGUGUUGCACCUUGUUAAAGAAACAAUCUUUUUAGAUUUUCUGGGGAUCCAUUAGUGAUAAUUAUGGAGAUUAAGGAAACUAAAUAUAGUUCAGGAUAUGGUAAACCUCCUUGGAUUUUUAAGGGCAGUGCCCUGUACCAGUUUCAUCUUGUGAAAGCAGAAAUUGCUAGAGCUAUCAUUCCUAAAGAGUUCAGAUUAGUUGAAGCUUUUGGGUACACUUUAGGAGGUUUUUUUCUAGCAAACUACAGUGAGAGCCCUUUCGGACCCUUUGAUGAGCUUGUAGCGAUCGCUGGAAUUGUGUGGAACCCACCAACGUCUCAUGCAUGGGCAGCAAGGGUUUACGUCAACAGCGAUAACGCGUGCACGCAUGGAAGAAAGGAAUUCGGGCUUCCAAGUCAAGUUGCCACUUUUUCUAAGAGUAUAACGGCCAUAUCGGAUAGACCAGAGAGAAACGGCAAGGGUAGUAAUGUAAAUAUUCACGUAGCUGAAAUCGAUGGUCCUGUGACAACGGGCCUCUAUGAUAUUCGACUCGAGUCUCCUAUUUCAAAGACGAAUCCGUUGAAGUGGCUGGCUUUGGGCCCGACGAUCAAGAUGUCGCUUCCGAGCUUUAGCGGCCACACAGAGUAUAUACCUCAGCUUCUUAAGUACAGUUGCCAGAUUGAGUGCAGGGUGAAACCUACAUCGCCGGCAAGAGUUUUAGGGUCAACGGACCGGAUUGGAUCCCAAAAUGUGGAGUUGAAUGAAAGUUCAAAGAAAAGAGAAAUGAGCAUAUCAGUUAUGCUUUCAAAACCAAUAUUAGCACUGGAGUUCAACUGCCUGAAGAUGGAGGUUCAACCUCCUAUUGUAGUCUCAAAAGGCUCACAUCACCCCUUGGAACAUGGAUAUAAUAAUUAACCUUUUUGUGUUCUUUCUUCCAGUUAGAUAAAUUUUUUUUUGGAAAAAAAAAAUUAUUGCACUUUGUUGUACUAGUGUAUUCUUCACCCACAUAACAGGACGAGUAUACUGAGAAUGUCGCGUCAUAACACUAUGUACCCGACGUGUUUAUGUGCAUCCAAUGCUUGUUUGGUCAACA